GCCAACCAAACUGUACACUUGUCAUUUUCUUGUCAAGCUGGAGCACCCUCAAGGUCCCAGCUCAUAACUUAUUUUAAUUCAAAGUAAUCACACGAAAUGGCUGAUACGGCGACUGAAAUUCCUAUAAACAUCGAGGAGGGUGUGAGAGAAGCAGUGAAAAAUGUUACAGACCGGCCACCAUCGAGUAUUGAGGGCGUCGCGAUUGCCUACUUAAGUUUAGUUAUUAUGGCUAUUUUGCCGAUAUUUUUCGGUUCAUUUCGUUCAGUGAAGUACCUUAAGGAGCAAAAGGAAUCAGGCGAGCGCGCCGAGACGAUGUCAAACAAGGACGCACUGAUGUUCCCUCUCAUCGCGUCGUGCGCGCUCUUCGCUCUCUACGUGUUCUUCCAGAUCUUCUCCAAGGAGUACAUCAAUCUGCUGCUCACUGGGUACUUCUUCUUCCUUGGAGUGCUGGCUCUGAGCCAUCUGUUGAGCCCCAUCAUCUCGUUCCUAGUACCCGCCUCGGUACCGAACGUACCAUACCACAUCCACUUCACUCGCGGCGAGCGAGACCAGCGGGCUGAUAUAGUCAACUACAAGUUCACCAGCUAUGACGUCAUCUGUGUGUGCAUCUCGCUGUGUCUGGGUGCCUGGUACCUGUUCAAGAAAGUAAGUACAUGUCACUGGUACCACAUCUACUUCACUCGCGGCGAACGAGACCAGCGGGCUGAUAUAGUCAACUACAGGUUCACCAGCUAUGACGUCAUCUGUGUGUGCAUCUCGCUGUGUCUGGGUGCCUGGUACCUGUUCAAGAAACACUGGAUCGCAAACAACCUCUUCGGGAUCGCCUUUGCCAUCAACGGAGUGGAACUUCUCCACCUAAACAACGUGGUCACCGGCUGCAUCCUGCUCUGCGGACUGUUCCUGUACGACAUCUUCUGGGUGUUCGGGACCAAUGUCAUGGUCACCGUGGCCAAGUCCUUCGAGGCUCCCAUCAAACUGGUGUUCCCCCAAGACCUGCUAGUGAACGGUCUGAACGCGUCCAACUUCGCGAUGCUCGGGCUCGGCGACAUCGUCGUCCCUGGCAUCUUCAUCGCGCUCCUGCUCCGCUUCGACAAGAGCCUCAAGCGCGGCUCCGAGUUCUACUUCCGCGCCACCUUCUCCGCGUACAUCCUGGGCCUGCUGGCGACGAUCCUGGUGAUGCACGUGUUUAAGCACGCUCAGCCGGCGCUGCUGUACUUGGUCCCGGCGUGUUUGGGCACGCCGCUCGCGCUCGCGUUGCUGCGCGGCGAUAUACAUGCGCUGUUCAACUAUGAAGACCAGCCAGCCCUCGUAGAGGAAGACACCAAGGCGAAGAAGACUGAGUAAGAAGCACUAAACAUGACGCAAGCGCACAGCCAGUACCAGGCCUCGUACAAGGUCACUGUAGAGUGUAGCAUACAACCACGGAAUACGGUACAUGUGUACAUACUGUUAACAAUGCAAAAUAUUAGGAAUUUCAAUGCACAAAGUUUAAUGCCACUAGCUGAUCGGAGUCAUAAUCGAUUUAUAACGUUAACUUUCCAGAAUGUAAUAUUUGUAAUUCAAGCCCCACCUGGCUGGCAACCAAGAUUCCGACGGUCCAAGGUCAGUACUUGGUCGGUUCGCAACACAAUUUGGCAAAUCGUCUUUACUAUUCGGUCGGAACUACCGAGGUCGGGUCGGAAGCGUAGUUGUCGACCGUGUAGUAACCGCUUUAUCCUAGUACUUUAUGUAUCUGAAUUUUGUCAUUUGUGGUGUUGCCACGUUAAAAAAUAUGAAACAUGUUUUGCGAGUAGCAAAAAUGACUUUAUGGUUAUGUAAAUGCGUGCUUUUGAUUCGAAACAUUGACAGGUCACAUUUAAUAGUAUGUGAGCGCAUAUAUACAGUGUGUUUUCUGUAACAGGAGCAAUAAAUUAAACUGUAGGCUGUACUCCUCAAACUAACCAACAUUUGUUCAGCAACUUUUGAAAAUAACUCAUGUUUUGAUUUUUAUUACACUUUAAAGUUUAUUCUAAGACGCAAUGUAUUGCAAAUUUUGUUAUGUUAAAAGCGUGACAAAUAACGUCAAACACACUGAUGUCAGCGUACAUUGAAGGCAAUAUUUAUUUUGUAUGAAAAAGAGGAAGUCUAAAGGAUUCAUAUUUUUUAAAAGUUGCUGAACAAAUGUUGGUCAGGUUGAGGAGUACAGCCUUUAGUUUAAUUUAUUGCUCCUGUGACAGGAAGCACCCUGUAUAACCUAACUGCAUUUUGUUUGACUGUGUUGUGAUUUUUUUUUACAAACACGUUCUAUGUGAAGACUUGUUAAAAAUAAAAUGUCUACACAAUAAGGGUUUAAGUCUUCCUUAACUCUUGUAAAUUGGAUCUUAAACUACUAACAAGGUAUAAAAUUGAAAUAUUUAGGCUUCUAUGAAGUUAAAAUGGCUACUGUUACGUAUAUAUGUACAGCCUCUUAAAAAAGUUAUGUAUGAAUUCACUUGGCUCUUGGGCCAAUUUAUAAAAUAUUGCAUUUGAUGAUACCAGGUUCAAAACCUGACCGAGAUAUGUGACAUUAAUUAUAAUUUAUAACAUGAGCCCGUCCUAAACUGAAUAUUAUGACAGUUUAAAAUCAUCUAAUGUCGAAAUAAUAUUUGCCCAUUUGCGGAUAAUAUUGAGUACCUAUAAUAAAAUUUAGAAGUCCAUUAAAGGACGCAGCGGCAUUUUUUUGCCACUUGCAGUAGUGGACAGGCUAUAUAAAAAAUUGAUACACUGCCACUGUUCUUUAUAGAAAACUUAAAAAAAAUAACAAUAUUGGAUCUGCCCAAUAGUGGGACGAGGCUGGUCAUCUUCCGCAUAAUAUCUUCCAGUGUGGGAGUAUGUUAAGGCUAAGGGAAGGGAAUAUACCUAUAGCCCGUGCUAUAUGCAUAAUUUACUUAUAGGUUGUAAUAAAUGUAACUUGGUGUUUCCCUGCUGUGUACACUUUUCUAUAUCCUUGAUUUAUAAAUUUUAUAAUCUGUUUAUACACGUCUUAUUUAUAAAUAUUAAAUAGUUUUAUCUCUUUCUUUCUGUUAGAUGCAAGGAAGAGACAAGACAUGGAUAAAUAAACUGUGAAACAUUUCUUUGUUAACGAAAUUAUACUUUUGUGUUGUUUCCAUGUGCAAAUGCAAUUAGAUUUAUAAGUUUAUUUUUGUUACGAAUCUAGUUUUCAAAUUAUAAUAUAUAUUAUUUUUGUAUUUUGGGAGUUACCAAUAGUCACAAUCUUAUAGAAGUCGCACCAAACAAAGUCUGCAGCGGAUUUGAUAGCCCACGCAGUGUAAGUGUUAUGUAUACGUCAUAAUUUCAUAGAAGUUUGACGUUUAAAAUGACACUUGCACUGCGUGGGCUAUCAAAAUCGCUGCAGACUUUUUGCUGCGGUCUGACUAUAUUUCUUUUGAAAUGUAUUCUUCGCACUGGCAACCCUGAGGAUGCGUUUUCGAAAAAAAAUCUAAUUUAUAAAAAAAACCACGCGGCGAAUCAGUGCUGACAACAUUCCGAGAUGUUUCGUUACACGCACGCCUCUAGAAUAAUGUAUAGUUUGACUGUAAGGACGUACUUACACAGUAUAUAUUAUGAUAAAUGUGAAUAUUUUUGGCCUUUUUAUGGACUCUAAGAAUUCCAGACGGAUGUAAGCGUGAGGUGACGGAUCGCCGAAUGAUGAAAUGUAAUAAAAUACGUCAAUAUA